AUGGAAACGAACAAACAGUCGCUUUGUGAACAAAUAUACCUUGGAUGUUGUAAAUUAUUGCUCGCUGUAAUUGUAAUCGCCGCUCUCUACCUCAUGGUGGUUUUCACUCCUGCAAAUCCGCUAUUCCGAGCGGCUUAUAAUGGGGAUAUGUAUGUAGUGCAGAAUUAUAUCUCUGAGGGGAAAGACAUCAAUGCCCAUGACAAGUGGAAUAACACGGCAUUACACUGGGCUGCAAAGGGAUCCCAGUACAGACUCAUGCGGUUACUUGUGGAUAAUGGAAUUGAUGUGAAUGCUGUGAACGAGCAGGGAGAGAACGCUCUGCAUUGGUCAGUGUUUUCUAAUAAUAAAACGGUCAUCGAGUAUUUGGUCAUGCAAUUUAUCGACAUCAAUGCUGCAAACAAUGCUGGAGAAACGCCUCUUCAUUUGGCCAUCAUUCUGAACGCUUUUGAUUCUGCGAAGGUGUUGCUCCAUCUGCACGCAGAUCCGAACAAGCUAACAAACGAUGGGAAUGCUCCCCUCCACUUUAUCAUUCCGAACUGCAUCGAAGACGAAAAAUGUCGAGACUUGGUGGAUGAAUUCAAGAAGGCUGGGUGUGACAUGUCACUUCGGAACCAGAAGAACGUGACGGUGCUGGAGGCCGUAUCAAAGACAAGUCAUUUAACGGAAAAGGAGCUUUUCUGA